CAUUCAUUCACUGAUAAGUGAUAAAACACUAUUCCAAACCGAACACAUGUUCAGUUCAUAUUUAUAAAUUAUUUUCUGUGUUUUCUCUGAAGAAUUUUAAGAGUUUCCACGUAAAGUCAAUCCAGUAUAGCAUUUAUUUACCAGCAAAAGCAACGUCAUACCUUAUCUGUUCCUAAUCUGUUCCAGCAAUGGCAGAAUCAAGUGAUCCUCUGCCGUAUUAUUUGGAGCUUUCAGACAAACCUCUCAGAUUUGAAACUAUUAGUAAGACUACGGCGGUAUUCGUAGACGAGAAAAAUCUACAGGUGACAACUGUUUACACAGGAGAGGUUACCGAAUUUGUUGUGCACAGCUUUUUGCCCAGUCAUUGUUUGAAGUUCCAAACCAAUGAUGAUGCCUGUGUACUGUAUAUGAAGUUCUCUCCAGAUAUGAAGUUUUUGGCUAUCCAACAAACGGAGCAAAUAGUGAAAUUUUUGAAAUUUGUGGAUGGGAAACCAGCUAAUACUUUUACGCAGCCAUGUAAAAAGACACAUGCCAACAUCUUAGGACUACAGUGGAUUUCUGACUCUGAAAUAGUUUUUGUAACUGAUCAAUCCGUUGAAUUCUAUCAGGUGGACCCUGUCAAAUUGAAUGUGAAAGCCUUACAGUCUCUAAAUAUCAGUAUCAAUUGGUAUGUUUAUUGUCCAGUCUCUAUGAUGAUGUUGGUGUCCUCUGGUCCUUGUGGUAACACGAUGCAGCCUUUAGUUUUUAAAGCAGGAAAUAUCAUCAAACUGAGUAAAUUUGAAAUUGAAAUUCCUGCAACCAAACAGAAGAAAUUAUUAUUUCAGCAGAGAGAUGUUGCUUUAGCCAUGUUGUACAAACAGCAAAGGAUCUUAGUGAUGUCGCACAAUUCUCGUGACUCUCCAAAUCACUCAGGUGCUAGUGUUCUUGUUUACACAAUAUCCUACAAACCAAACAAGACGACUGAAAUAAAAAAAACCCAUGUCUUGUCACUUGGUAGAUCCGGUUCGUUUGCACUAAAUGUUGUCGAUAAUUUGGUGGUGGUCCAUCAUCAAGCCUCUAUGACAUCUUUAAUCUUUGAUAUAAUGAUGACCUCUGAUGAAAUUUGCAAACCUAUUGGCACCGGUCUAUCAAUCAAACCUUUCACAAAAACUGACACUGGACAACAGCACAAGUGGGAGCUCUAUUCAGAAACAUGGAUUAUGUUACAGCCAAACAUAAUAAUGGAUGUUAAAUUGGGAUGCUUAUGGUACCUUAAUUUAUGUGUGGAUUCUUUUGUACAACUCAUUCCUGACAAAAGUGAUUUAGUCAGAUUUCUACUUCGUCGAUCUCAGUCCAAGGAUAUCAUCCUUUCUGUGAUGCACGACUUAGUUCUUGAUGGUAAUUUUAAUUUGAAAGUAAUAGCAGAAAUUUUUGACUUUAUCAAUGGUGCGUUUUGCAAGCACUGCGAAGGAACACUUAACAGUCAAAUAGGCCAGCCUGUCCAGCUUUUACCUAGUCCCACCUCAUCAGAGGCCUCAGCUCAAGAGACUUGUAUAAACUCAAUCGAUGUGUACAAGAGUGUAUUGUCGAGUUUAGUAAAUCAUGUCCAAAACCUGGCGCCUUGCCCAAAGCUGAAGCGGUGGAAAAAGUAUGUAGUAUGGGUCCUUUUAGAGUACAUUCGAUCGCUUACAGAUCAUGCAAAACCAAUUCAGUACUUCUUAUUUGAACUCAUCAUCAAUUUCCUAGUCCAAAAUAAAGAGUACUCUCAGCUUUAUUUGCUUCUCCAAUAUAAUGUAAUGGCUGAUUCAAAACCCUUGGCCUGCCUAUUGUUAUCUCUUGAGAACAUUGUACCGUCGGCCCAUCAAUUGGCCCUAGACAUGUUGCAUCGUAAAGGAGCAAUUGAUGAAAUAACUGAAGUUCUUCUGUCUAAGCAGCAAGUGGUCCCAGCUUUAAGGUAUAUUAGCUCUUGCACCAAUACUGUGCAAAUCUCGGGACGAAAAUUUUUAGAAGCAGCCGAGCAGUGCAACGAUCCAAAAUUACAUCAUUCGAUUCAAACCUGGUUUCAAGAAAAAAAUGCCAAGAAAAAUGAAUCACCUGUGAACAAAGAUCUUCUAGUGUAUGAAGUGACCAAAGAAUUCUAGACGUGCAGUCUCUAGCAAGCUUACACUCAUCAGACGUUGUCAGUGCAGUUAUUUAGUUUGUUAAAUAAUGAUAUGCGCUGUUUAUUCAAGUUAAACUUUUCAAGUUGGAAGCUCAACACAGGCAGUAAAAUGAGCGGUUAAGAAAUCUAUGCUACAAAAAUGUAUUCACUCUUCUGCUCCUGAUUUUCGUUGUUUACAGUUCGACUUUGAGGGAAAGAAGAAAUUUCAAGAAUAGAAUUUGUCUGCUAAUAUAGUGUAAAAUCAAUUAGGAAAAGUAAUUACAGAUAUAUUUUUAAUCCUUUGGAGGAAGCCAAGGAUAGGAAAAAAAAGUGUCUUCAGGUAAGAUUGGUGCCCAUUUUUUUUUUUUUUUUUUUUUUGGAAAUGAAAUAACUCUAACAAUGUGGGUAAAAAUACCGUUACUAAACUCAGUAUACUUCAUAUGCUGUAUACUCAGUGUACCUAGUAUCUUUCACAUACUCCGUAAAAUCCUUAUUGAGAAUCACGCAUGCAGCUAAUAAGGUCCGAGUAGGGUUAACUCCGUCCCCUCUUACUCAGAAAUGUUGUGGUGGCAUGUAUGGGACUUUUAAUAGCAGUAAAUCCCCAUGAAGGUUAUAUGGGUUCUUGGCCCCAUGUAAUAUUUUACCAGUGCUUCUUUUGUUAAGAAUAUCAUAAUGAUGCCAAUGCAUGGGGAUCGUAUCAUUCCAUGAUCUCUAAAAGAAAGGAGGCACCUCCAUAAUUCCUAUUUGAGGAUGGCUUCCAGUAGGUAGAUUUAGAAGUGCAAAAGUUCUCCCAUGGUGUUUACAAUCACCACCAUUUCCAGGGCUUAUGUUGCAAAUUUUUCCAAGGUCUGGUGAGCAUGAAUAUUUACCAUGAAAUAAAAUAGUUGCAGUAAUUAACAUGAACACCAUGAAUGCUGCCAUUUCACCGAUAACAUUGCGCUUGUUGCAAUUUUUCUGGAACAAUUGCAUUUUCAUAAAUUUAUUUAAGGUAUCAUUAAUUCAUCACUUGCCCCGGGAAUUGUUGGUUUUAACUAACUUUAGUAUUUCUCUUGACUCUAGAUCAAAUGAAAAUGACAAUAAAAUCAUUUUUGACUAAGGUUUAAAGAUGUGCAAAUCUCCGCUCAUGUUUUUCAUAAGUAAAAAUUAAUUGACGAAUUUCCUUGAAA